AUGGCCGUCACCCGCAGCCAAACCAUUGGUUCUCGUCGUGAGAAGAACGACAGUCAUUCGUCCCGUUCCCGACUUCCAACGCUCAUACUUUCAGCAAAGAACUCUGAAGGUCUAUACACGCGUGCACGUGCGGUCACUCGCAACUCAUCGAAGCGUCGUGUCAAGCACGACGAUUCAAACCGAGUCACCAAGGAUCAGGCGGUCCAUCACGCCUGCCGUUCAUCCCAGAGCCAUCAGGCCAGUGCGUUGUUGCAAUCGGUCGGGGAUACGGUUAUUCCGCAUUUUUGGAUCAAGACGCAACGCAAUAAGGCCACCGGCAAGAAAUACGGCACAUCGUCGUACAAGGCUUCUUGGGAACCCCCCUCGCUGUUCGACCUCCCAGGUGAGAUGCGCAACAUCAUCUACGGCAUGAUCUUCGCAGACACGGCGCCGAAAGAAGUCAACCUCCUGAGAUCAGCGGAGAGCCGCCCAUCAGUGGGCAUCAUUAUGGCUUGCCGCCAACCUAGGUACGAGACCUACCUCCUCUAUCAGGACGCCAACCAGGCCCUGUGGAACAAUCACGACAUCUACCUCAACUGCAACUCCGGCUCGUCUGAGAAGAAGCGCCACAGGCAAUCCGACCGCAUCUGCAACAAGCUCUCCCAACUCCCUCAGCAAAUGACCCUCAAACGCCUUGAGCUCCGCAUCAACAUCCCCCGCAUCAUUUGGCCAACGAUCAAGUCGACCCUCAUCACCAUGUCCGUUGAUCAGGGCGUGAUGGGCUGCACCGCAGUCUCGCAGUACACCCGGGGGGCUCUCCCCAUCACCAGGCAAAUGGUCGACCAACACAUGCCAGACUUUGUCGUAGACAAUGCGGGGAUCUACUGGUCGUGGUUGCACCCCCAAGGGAGACCUCACUGGGUGUUGAGCCCUCAUCAGUACGUCAACGACAGCACGCUAAUGAUUGCAGUGAUGGAGGACAACGACACCCCAGCAGAGGAGGUGGUGGGUUUCUACAAGCUGCCACGUGAAAUGCGCGACCGAUUCUACUACUACUACUUCGAAGACACCAACAUCGACGACGAGAUCGAUCUCACGAAAGCGAACCAGCAUCUCCCGCCGACCGACAUCACGAGAGUGUGCAAAGGAAUGCGACAGGAGACGCUCCAGCUCUCGAAGGAGGCUACCGCGAGGUCCUGGCAAGACCACCGCUUCUACGUCGUCCUCGAUCGCUUCGCAACGCACGACCAGAACGAGAGUCGCAUCAGGGCUUGCAUCGAAAGGCUGAACGGUACUCCUAGCCUCCGCCGCCUCUGCUUCCACACCAACGAGAAUCGCCGGGCUUCGGUAGUCGUCAGCAUCUCGCCGGAAGGAGGUAUUGUCUGGUCCCUGCCUUCGGCACUCGAGAACAGAUGGCGACCGAGCUGGCACUGGAAGAUGAGUGCCAACUUGGUGAGAAGCGCCAAACGGUUGUCGCCGCACACUCCACUCAUGAGUUCGUCUUCAAAUUCCACUGGAAAUGUACUUCACAUAAUGCAUUGCGCGGCACAUGCAUGUCGUGUUGCAGUCGGCGUGGUAAGAGCGGAAAUUUACUAA